CGGACUGGUUGGCAGAGGUAGGGGGAAAUCAUGAGUGGGGUGGUUUAGCUCAUGGGACAAGGAAGGGAGGGGGCACCGUGCAACUUGCUGGACGGAACUUGAUGCGUGCAUUCAAACAGAAGCCAAGCAAGAACGGAUCUCAAGGCCGCUGGGAAUAUAGAGGAAACUCACUGAAGAUUCACCUUGUUCUGCAGAGAAGUUACACACUAGGAAAUGGUUACAAAAGGCUGAAAAGUCAGAGAACAUCAGGAAAAGGAGGGGAAAAACAGGCCCGUCAUUUCCAAGAGACAAGUCAAGGGAGCUGUUAAUGCAACAUGAUCCAGUGGGUCUUGCCCUAAAAAUACCUCUGGGCAGGAGAGUGGCAGCUAUCUCUAUCUGCUUCAUUACCUUGUAAUCAACAAUUUCUUUUUCUUCUUCGGACAAUAACUGAGGUCAGAGAAGAGCGAUUUUGGGAGAAUCUAUCCAUGGUAGAUGUGUUUCUAUAUAGUUUAAUUUGGCUUUCCAAGUACAAGAAAGUGAUAGACUUUCUUAAAUUAAAAAAUGUGAUAACCUUGUUAACUGUAAUUUACAUGUAAAGCCUGCUCAUAGACUCCAAUGCCCUCAUUGGAUUUUGGUGUAGAAUUCUGAGAGAGGGCCCGGUCAGUGCUAUCAGCACACAAUUCAUUAGAGAAUCCAUUGUAGGAUCUAUCAAAUCACUUCAACCAUGAGAAAAGCUGAGAUGCAAAUGACCCUGAAAAAAGGGGCAGAUGAAGCAGCGGCACCCCCGAGCCCUAUCAUCCCCCCAAAGCGGUCCAAAGCGAGCCCAGUGCAAGUUGUCCCGGACCCUCGAGGACCCGGUUAUCCCACCCCGACUCCACCUGUUUUUACACGCAAAAUGAGGAACGCCGCUGUGGGGACAGGCUGUGACAUCCGUUUGAAGGUGACGGUGGCUGGAGACCCCCAGCCCUCCCUGUACUGGUACCACAAUGAGGAACUCCUCAACAUGGAGAACCAGGAGUACGGAGGGCUCUGGAUUAGGGAUUGCAAGCCCAGUGAUGCUGGCCUCUACACCUGCAUUGCCAACAAUCACGUGGGAGAGGCUCGGAGCAGCGCUGUACUGGCUGUCUUGGAUCUGGGUGAAGAUUCCGAAACAACAGACGAUGAAGGUGACCAAUUUGAGACCAAAGAAGAUAGUGGGGAUGUUGAGGACCAGGCUGUGCAUAAAGGAGAUGCAGUGAUGGACAAAUGUGCAGAAGAUGACAGUAGAACGCAUGGAUAUGAGGAUCACCCUAACACAACCAGGAGCCAGUCAGAGAAUCUUUCAAGAGAAUCUCCCCCACAAGCCCUCCCACCCCCAUCCCCAAGACUCAUCAAACGUCCCUCCACCUCUCCAAUGCCAAGUCGCUCUGGUUCAACAACUCCUCUCAGCUUUCGGAAGAAAAUUGUUGUGCCAACUGACUACCAAGACACAGUGCCAGGGGAGUUUGAAGAAAAGGUUAAGCAGCCAAAAGCCGUGUCCCAAAGCAACAGCCAGGACUCCCGACCUCAGACUCCACUGAGCGAGUACUCCCGGAAAGAAUUUACUCUCAGACCAUCCCCAAAGCUUACUAGGCCAAGCUCAAAGGUUUUUGAGAAGGUCCGUGGCUUAGAGGAGCGGAGACGAAGCCUUGAUAUUCCAGAAGGUUCCAUCACGGGAGGAUCCUGGGCAGGGUUCAAUCGUGCGGGAUCUGUAGAUUCAGAUGAUGGAGGAAGCCGGUUGGGCAUCUCUAGAGAAAGUUCAAGGGAAGAUCUAAGGGAGGCUUUGACAGAGGAUGCUGCUGAGCGAAGAUCUAUGUUUAGACAGAGAGCCGCUUCGCUGGAGGAUAAACCUCGCUACUCCCAAAAAGUUCAAGACAUUGAGAACAAGUUCACGGAGGAGCUCCAGCGCAUUAAGAAGCUUGUUGGUAAACCUCAUCUGAAGAAAUCGUUUUCAACUGAACAGCUCACUCUAAGGAGCAAGCAGCGUCAGCCUUUCAGGAAAAUUGAACCUAUUCCUCCACAAGUCCUUCAAAAGCUCCAAGAAAGGGAACGUGCCCAGUGGGCAAAGGAACAGAGGGAAAAGGAACAUAGUCAGCAACCAAUGCAGCAACAACAGCAAACACAGCAAGAACAGCAUAAAUCCCAGCCCCAGAAGACAGCAAGCACUGGUUCAACCACUGUAACAGUAAUCAGUAGAUUUGGAGAAGUCACAGGCACCCCAGAAUCCAUGCAGUUAUCUGACUUACCAGGACAACGAUCAGUGAGAGAAUUAAGCCGAGUUAGUCCAGUAACGGAAAUCAUUCAGAGAUCGUCAUCACCAGCAUUAUAUAACCAACAAAGGGAAGACUCGCAGAGCAGAAAUGUCGCUGAGAUGACAUUACGCAAGGUUGAACGGAGGCCACCAAGUCCGCUCGUACAGAGGGUAUCUCGAAUGCAAGAAUCCCCGCACAUCCAAGAAUCCCUUGUGCAAACAUCACAAAAGGAUGAGACUUCGGGGAGAAAGACGCCAAUAGAGGUAGCAUUAAGAAAAAUUGAAAACAGACCUGAAAGUCCACUGGUACAAAAAAGGGCUGUCAUUGUGAUAGAUCUUCCCCCUCAACCUCCUUCAAAACCCCCAAGGAUGUCACCCGUCACUCCAACUGAGGAGAGAAUGGAGGUGGAUCUACCUAAACCAGCCUUAAAGAUAAGAAUCCCCGCAAUUAUUGUCGAAGAUGAAAAGAUGGAAGAGGAUGUUCAUAAGAAGACAAGUGAGCCUCAGCAGAUUACUGCUAGUGCCAAAGAGGGACGACAGCUGAAGACCAAAGGAAAGAACCGCCGCCCUCGACCCAUGUCUCCAGAGUUAGAUUCUUCAGAUGAUUCUUAUGUUUCUGCUGGAGAAGACCCGAUGGAGGCCCCUGUAUUUGAGUUUCCCCUGCAGGACACUGUAGCAUCUGCUGGUGCAGAUGUGCUACUAAAAUGCAUCAUCGCCGGCACCCCCAUUCCUGAAGUUACCUGGAUGAAAGAAAAUACGAAAAUCACCAGCAUUGCAAAUUAUGCAGUCAAAGUGGAGGGUGAACGACAUACACUGCUCAUCAAAUCAGCUAGAAUAAGUGAUGGUGGAAAAUACUGUGUAACUGCUGUUAAUCAGAUGGGCAGCGCGUCCAGCAGUGCCACCCUUAUAGUCAAAGCAGAGUCUGUUCAGGAGCCAAAGGGAAACCUGGGCGUGCCUCGGGAUAUCAGCAGCCCUAUUACAUCUGACGAGGAGUAUCUCAGUCCCCUGGAGGAAAGCAUGGAUUUUGGAGGGCCAGAGCUCAAGCGAACUAUUGACACACGAUUCAGGAAACCCCCUGCAUUCCUGGUAACAAUGAGUGAUCAAGCUGUCAUUGAAGGACAGGAAGUCACCGUGUCUGUCCGAAUAAGUGGACAACCCAAACCCAUGCUCUAUUGGCUGAGGGACAGAGUCACGGUGAAAACAGGCCCGCGUCACAUUGUGCAUGAGACAGAAGAUGGCACGUUUGAAAUGACCAUCAAGUCAGCAGUGAGAUCGGACUCUGGGAUUUACACCUGUAAGAUCAUUAAUGAGUAUGGGACAAAGCAGUGUGAAGGAAAGCUGGAGGUAAAAGCACCGCCAGUUGAGCCAGGCCUGGCCGUCAUCCGCCCGGUCAGGGACAUCACAGCCAAGGCUGGAGAGACAGUUUUGUUUGAGUGUCAUGUCAUCGGACCGAAGGACACUGAUGUGGACUGGCUUGCAGAUGGGAAGCUGAUCCAGCCGGCAUUGCUCAACUGCAAGAUGCACUUCGAUGGAAGAAAGUGCCGGCUGCUGCUCAACUCCGUACACGAGGACGACAGUGGGACAUACAUGUGCAAGCUCAGCACAGCUAAAGAGGAAGUGACUUCAUGUGGCAAACUCAAAGUCAUCCCUUCAUUUGAACCUCUCUUCACUCGCAAGCUGGACGUUCUAGAAGUGAUUGAGGGGCGCAAUGCUCGGUUUGACUGCAAAGUCAGUGGGACGCCAUCUCCUAAGGUCAUCUGGAGCCACUUUGAUCAUCCGCUCACUGAAAGUGAGGACAUUCGUAUUCUUCAAGAGGGCGGCCGCCACUCUCUCUUCAUUUCUCAUGUGACCAAUGAGGAUGAGGGUUUUUACACUGUCACUGCCCGUAACAGCCACGGCGACGCAGAGAGCUCCGCCGAACUUUACAUACAAGAACCACGGCCAGCCAUCUCCUCACAGAUGGCUAAACUGGAGAAGAUGCCAUCGAUUCCAGAGGAGCCAGAGGUCCCAGAGAAUGAGGUGGAGCGUUUCACUAUGCCUGACUUCAUCAAACCCCUUUAUGACCUGGAUGUGAUCGAGGGAAAGGAGGCUGUGCUCAAAUGUAAAGUGGCUGGUUUGCCAUACCCCACCAUCGUCUGGUUCCACAACGGCAAAAGGAUUGAGAGCACCGAGGACAGAAAGAUGACACAGUUUCGUGAUGUCCACAGCCUGGUCAUCCGCUCAGUGUGCCAUGCCCACGGUGGUGUCUACAAGAGUGUCAUCUCUAACAAAGUUGGCAAGGCCACCUGCUACGCUCAUCUCUAUGUCACCGAUAUCCUCCCUGACCCUCCCGAUGGGACUCCAGUGAUAGAAUCCAUCACUGGUAAAACCAUCACCUUAAGCUGGAAGAAACCAAGGAGGCUGGACCCUUCCAUUGAUCCCAGCUCCCUGAUGUAUGCGAUCCAACAACAAGCCCUGGGCUCCAUCCAGUGGACCAUCAUAGCUUCUGGCCUGAAGGAGACCACCUACACCAUCACCACCCUCUCCAAAGGCGUGCGCUAUGCUUUCAGGGUCCUGACCAUCACCUCCAAAGCCUUCAGCAAGCCCUCACCUACCACCGAGACAGUGCAGCUCCUGGACCGAGGUCCCUAUCUUCAGGAGGCUCCUGUGAUUAUUGACAAGCCAGAAAUUGUACAUGUGAUGGAAAACCAGUCAGUCACCAUUACUGUCACCCUCAAUCAUGUCAAUGCUGCCGUAAUCUGGAAGAGGAGGGGAGUGGUCCUGGCCAACAAACCAGGCUUGUAUGAGAUGACUAUGCCAGAUGAUGACCAGCAAACGCUGAAGCUGCUUAAAGUGAAGAGUGCUGACAUCGGAGAGAUGAUGUUUGUGGCCUCUAACAAAUAUGGCAGCGACAGCUGCACCUUCAGCGUGGAGAUGGCAGCUCCCCCAACAUUUGAAACUAUCAUGGAGGACUUGGACGUUUGUUCUGGGGAGACCCCUCGCUUUGCUGUGGUUGUGGAGGGCAAACCCAUUCCCGACAUCCUCUGGUUCAAGAAUGACAUCCUGUUGUCGGAGAGCAGUCAUUACACGUUUGUGUAUGAUGAUAAUGAAUGUUCCCUGGUGGUUCUAAACGCUCGUCCAGAGGACUCCGGGGUUUACACCUGCACUGCCAGGAAUUUGGCAGGAUCUGUGUCCUGUAAAGCUGAACUCACCAUUCAUGAAGCUAGACGUAAAGAGGAUCCAAUGGAUGAUGAGGAGACUAUACUAAGGAAAAUGCGCAGACUGACUGACAACUAUGACAUUCACAAGGAAAUUGGAAGAGGUGCAUUUUCCUAUGUGAAACGUGUGACCCAGAAGGUUAGCAAAAUGGAGUAUGCUUCAAAGUUUAUCUCCACACGGGCCAAGAGGAAGGCGUCUGCUCGGAGAGAGAUGAACCUGCUUUCCAAGCUGGACCACGAGAGAGUCCUUUACUUUCAGGAUGCCUUCGAGAAAAAGAAUGCAGUCGUCAUCAUCACUGAAAUAUGCCAUGAGGAGCUGCUUGACAGAUUUACAAGGAAAUCUACAGUAAUGGAGUCUGAUGUACGUUCAUGUAUAAGACAACUGCUUGAGGGCAUGGACUACCUUCAUCAUCUUAACAUCAUACACCUGGACAUUAAGCCUGAUAACAUCCUGAUGGCGGACCCCCAUGGUGAUCAGAUCCGAAUCUGCGACUUCGGCAACGCAGUGCAGAUCACACCCGAUGAGGCUCAAUACUGCAAAUAUGGCACACCAGAAUUUGUUGCACCAGAAAUUGUCAAUCAGACCCCUGUGUCAAAAGCUACAGACAUCUGGUCAGUUGGAGUUAUUGCAUACCUGUGUCUGACAGGAGUUUCUCCAUUUGCUGGAGAGAAUGACCGCAGCUCUGUACUGAACAUCAGGAACUAUAACGUGGCCUUCGAGGAGAGCAUGUUCGCUGACCUUUGUCGAGAGGCUAAAGGGUUCAUCAUAAAGCUGUUGGUAACAGACAGGCUGAGACCUGAUACUCAAGGAUGUCUCCGACACCCCUGGUUCAAGACACUUAGCAAGGGGAAGGCCAUAAGUACAGAGUCCAUGAGGAAGUUUGUAUCACGCAGAAAAUGGCAGCGUUCGCUAAUCAGCUAUAAAUCAAAAAUGGUCAUGAGGUCCAUACCUGAGUUGCUGAACGACUCCUCCAGCCAUAUCUCCAUUGCCGUUCCCAGGCACCUUAAAGAAGGUUCACCUUUGCCAUCAUCAUCUUCAGAUUCUGAUGAAGACAUUGAUGAACUGCCGUUUAUUCCAAUGCCACUUAACAUGGAAUUUUCUGGAUCAAGGAUGUCACUGAAUGACAUCCAGACCAAUGAGCAGGAAACAGGAAAGCAGGAUGGAACAAGUAAAUGGUCUGGGUCUCCGGUUCAAGCCCAGGAGGCAAUGGAGUGUGACCCUCAAGAAAAGGAUAAAGAAGGGGUCGAAUUAACAAGUAAAGGCCGUGUGCGGAAAAGGUCAUCACAAGAUAAUGGCAGGGAUUCCUCAGAUGAAGAAUCACCCGCUGAAUUGCCGCAAAAGUCACAGCUGACUAGAAAACCCCUGCGAAGGGGUUCAAGCAUGGAGUCAGACAAACCAGAGGGUGGACGACGAAGAGGAGAGCUAAGACGUGGAGGCUCUGCUGACAGUGCAUUGCUGCUCCGGAUUACACCUGAGGAAGGAGUUGGAGAAGGGAACCAAGAGGAUGGAAGAAGAGUUCUCAAGAAAGCGGUCUCUAUGGAACUACCAAGGAGGAGUGCCAGCCCAGGAACUGCCAAGAUGAGUCAAGAAGACUACGCUCUUAAACUGGAGCUGAUGAGACAGCGGCUGCUUCGUGGUGGCAAUGUAGACAACAAGAUGAGUGGACUGAGAGGACCUCUGUUGGAAACAUUAGGAAUGGGAGAUGAAAAACGUGCAAUAACAUCAGAUCGCUACUCUCGUACUGCUCGUUUGGGCCCACCCCCACUAAUUAGAGCUGCAUCCAGCGAUUCUGCAAUGGAGGAAGUUCCCAAACCCAAAGUUUUGCGCAAAACUGCAUCUUUCAGUCAAGGUGAUUCAGAACCCAUAGCUUUACACCGCCGGUCAGGAGCUCCCUUGGAAAUUCCUUUGGCACAGGUAGAAGAGAGAAGGCUCAAGGAAGCCAUAUCUAUGUCAUCUCUCACUGAGCAAAUCAAGCUAGACUCGCGUCCAGUGACUCCCAGGGAGCCUUCGCCAAAACCGCCAAUACCAGAGUCUGUUGUGCAGGAAAGUCCAACCAAAACAGAAAGUGAGGAAUCAUUAAUGGAAAAAGAGAUGAAGCCUGAUGAGACUAUGAACGAAAAGAUGGAAGGGCUGACAACAGAUAGUAAUUUUGAUGAGAGAUCGAGCACUAGUGGUUUCUCAGAGAAGGACAUGAGCAUAUCAGAAGAACCAAUGAUUGAAUCGGAGUAUACGGGCCAGAGAAUUCCUACACCUCCUCUUGUGGUCCAAACCCCUGAACUAGAAGAGAAAAUGGAGGAAGAAGGAGAAAAUGAGAAAGAAGAAAAAGAAGAGAUUUUGAAAGAAGAAGAGGAAACAAUUGUCAGUGUUGCUGAAUCAAAUGCUAAAGAAAAUGUAGAUGUUUCUGAAGAAAAUGUAGAAGAAGAAGUAAUUAUGCCUGCUAAAUCCUCUGAUAUGAUCAUAACCACAAGCUCAGUUAUGGUGAGACCAACACAAGAAUUAUCCCAUCCGUCAGCAAAUGUUAUGUCAACUUAUGUAACACCCUCGCUUCCUGCUCGAGUUGUUCUCCCAGAUGGAAGGACCUCAGCAUAUGCAAGCAUUAUGCAGACCAUCAUGGUCCCUGCAGUUCAGCCUCUCAAUGACCAACUUUUAGGCCCCUCUACACCUGUUGUUGCUCCAGCCACCUUGUCAUCCUCAGUAUCAACUGAAACAUUUGUACCCACAUCUUCACUUGCCAUUAUGUCCUCUGCUUUAGCUGGUCCACCAAAGCCAGGCAUCAUGUCAACCACUGAGCACCCUGCUGUAUACUCCAGGGUAGCAUCACCAGAAAUGAUGACAAAAGAACCCAGUCCACCAAGGACUACCCCAAAUCCCUCAUCCCAACAAGAUCUCUCAGCAGGAGUUGACUUUGAGGACAUUACCUCUGAAGAGGUCUUUGAGGCCCGCUUCAAAAAACGCGAGUCUUCCCUCUCGAGAAGUCUAAAAUUUCUGUCACGGUCAAAGAAUGAGGACAAAUCACAAGCGACUUCAUCAGACUCCGCAGAGUCCGGUGAAGAGAUAUACAGACCUGGGCCAAUUGGUGCACCAUUGGAAUUAGCACCACGGAGAUUUGAGGAGAAGUCAAAGUCAGUCCAGGACCUUCGUGAAGCUCAAAAGGACCAAGGCUUUAUGAGAAGGCUCUCUAUGCGCCUGAAGAGAGCUUCGUCAACUGAGCGCAAGGACGAAACAACCAAAGAAGAAGAUGCUUCAAGACGUAGGCUUUCUUGGACUCUCGGCCGAAGAGGAUCAUCAGACAAGAAGGAAGUGGAGAUGACACACAUGGAUGGUGGAGGUAAACCAUUGGUGGAACAAGAUGAAAAGGAGCUUAAGAAACCUAAUGAAUCACCGGUCUUUGCAAUGCGCAGAAAGAUUGAAUCAACAGUGGCUGGGAUCUCCACAAGAAUUCGCAGCUACUCAGAAGAAAGGAAAGCGUCAGAGGACAAGGAAACCAAGAGGACACCCAUUCUUUCCAUGCUUCGUCGUGCAACAUCAGAGAGCCGUGCUAUGAAGGUUGCCAGUGUUCCUCAGAACCAGCUGGCAUCUCAGGCCACUAAUGGGGCCUCAUCAGAGUCUCUAGACUCCAUGUCCAGCCUAAAGACAGAAACAUCAAAAGUUGUGGAGGGUGAGCGCAGAUCCCGCUGGGAUCGAUGGGGCUUAACCAGAGGGAGGCGAGACAAGACAGUAUCACAGCCUGACAUACCAACAGCAAUCUCCAGAGAAAAUAGUUCCCUACGUUCACGCCAGUACUCUAAACUGGCCUCUGAUUUCCCUCCAGUGUUCCACAUCAAGCUGAGAGAUCAUGUCCUGUUGGAGGGAGAUCCAGUCACACUCAGCUGUCUGCCAGCAGGUAGCCCCCACCCACACAUCACCUGGAUGAAAGAUAAGAAGCCCCUGGAGAUUGAUGCCAGGAUGAACAUGAUCGCCUGCCCUGAUGGCCGGCAGCUACUGAUGAUCAUGCAGACCACCAAAAAGGAUGCAGGGGUCUACGAAUGUGUUGCUACAAGCCCCCUGGCCGCAGUGUCCAGCUCUUGCACAAUAUCUCUUGCUCGUCUGCCUAAUCGUCCUGGGACCCCUGAAAUACCUCAGAAGUACAACAACACAGCCCUGGUGCUGUGGAGGCCCUCAGACACAAUGGCCCCCUGCACAUACUCUCUGGAGAGGAGAGCAGAGGGUGAGACCAACUGGUUGAUCAUGGCUACAGGGGUGGCAGACUGUUAUUACAAUGUGGCUGACCUGCCAGCAGGGUGCUCCUUCAGGUUCAGGGUGGCAUGUGUCAAUAAAGCUGGCCAGGGCCCCUACAGCAACCUCUCCGAAGUAGUAAGCCUGGACGCUUCAGAACCAGCUAAAUCCAGUGCUACAGUGGUGGUCAAGACUGCCCCUGCAACUACUCCUCCUCCCCCUGUGGUGAUGAUGUCAUCCAUGAAAGUGCCUCCCAUUAAACCGGCUCCUAGUAAAUCCAGUACAGUAACACCCGUCCCUCCCUCAACUUCAGCUCCCGCUCCAUCUGUGGCUAAAUCUGCUUCUCCAGUAACCAUCAAACCCACCGUGCAGGUUGAUGCUAGCCGUCCUGCUGCUACUCCGCCCGUUAGUACAGCUCCCUCAGAACAAGCCCCUGCUCAGACCACCACAGCUGUCCAAGCCACAGCAGCCAAAGCCAAGACCACCCUUAGCAUCAGUGUGAGCAAACCACAAACCAAACUGGCGCCUCCCCCUGUUGUCCCACCCAAACCCAAAAGUCCUGUAAAUGCAGUCUCCCCCAUAGCCAAAAAAUCCCCUUCUCCUGUACCACCACCUGCACCUGCCAUCGGGAAACCCAUUUCAUCUGUUCCCAUGUAUGUGCCAGCUGCGACCGUACGCGUUACUCCACCUUCUCAAUCUACUUCCACCCCAACAACCACCACCCUUUCAGUCACUUCUGUGACUGUCUCACCGCCCGUAACUGUCUCACCAUCCAUGACUGUCUCACCGCCCGUGACUGUCUCACCGCUCGUGACUGUCUCACCGCCCGUGACUGUCUCACCGCCCGUGACUCUCUCACCGCCCGUGGUGGUGGUGCAGAGCUUCACACCACUGCUACAAGGAGGGGACAGCCGGACUACCCCAUCUGGACGCGUCACACCAACAGGACGGGCCACACCUUCAGGACGCAGGACGCCGUUGGGAAAGCCUGGAGAGGGAUCUCUGCGCCAGGGAGUUCCACAGAAGCCUUACACCUUCAUGGAUGAGAAAGCAAGGGGUCGGUUUGGUGUGAUCCGUGAGUGCCGGGAAAACGCCACAGGCAACCUCUUUAUGGCUAAGAUUGUUCCAUAUGAGGCAGACAGCAAGCAGGGCGUGCUGCAGGAAUACGACAUCCUUAAGUCCCUUCAUCACGAGAGGAUCAUGGCUCUGCACGAAGCUUACGUCACGCCGCGCUACCUGGUGCUUAUCUCCGAGUACUGCAGUGGGAAGGAGCUGCUCUUCAGCCUCAUAGACAGGUUCCGUUACUCAGAGGAUGACGUGGUCACCUAUAUCGUGCAGAUCCUCCAGGGUCUGGACUACCUCCAUACCCGACGCAUCCUCCACCUGGACAUCAAGCCAGAGAACAUCAUCAUCACCUACAUGAACGUCAUCAAGAUCAUUGACUUUGGCAGCGCUCAGACGUACAACCCUCUCUUCCUCAAGCAGUUCAGCCCUCCUAUUGGAACGCUGGAGUAUAUGUCUCCAGAGAUGUUGAAAGGGGAUGUAGUGGGUCCUCCAGCUGACAUCUGGAGCGUGGGCAUACUGACUUUCAUUAUGUUGAGCGGCAAGUCGCCUUUCAUUGAAAAUGAUCCUCAGGAGACUGAAGCCAGGAUCCAGGCGGCAAAGUUUGACCUCUCUAAACUCUACCAGAAUGUGUCCCAAAGUGCCUCUCUGUUCCUCAAAAAGAUCCUCUGUAGCUACCCUUGGGCCCGUCCCUCCAUUAAGGACUGCUUCAAUAACUCCUGGCUUCAAGAUGCCUACCUGAUGCGCCUCCGCAGGCAGACUCUCACCUUUACAACCACCCGUCUCAAGGAAUUCUUGGCCGACCAGCAGCGCAGGCGAGAGCAGGUGGCCACUAAGCACAAAGUCCUCCUGCGGUCCUACCAGAGCUCGCCACAAACCCCCACCAGCCCCGCCACGCCAAAUGUGCCAACUUUUCCCAACGCACCUGUCUCCCAAUGAAAACAGGCUUCCAAACACCAGUUGUCAUGACUUUACCGUGGGUGGGAGUGGGGGGGGGCAUCCUCAGAGUGAGACGAGACUUUGGGCCGUGAGGUGGGAUGGUCCCUUCAGGUUUGAGUUGUUGAACUUGGUUGGAAGAAAAAAAAAAAAAAAAAGAAACCAGUAGUGGCUGUGAUCUACAGAGACGUCACUUCUUCUUCUUUUGUGGUUCCUAAAGAGAAUCUAAAAGAGGCUUUCACACUUAAGGGAACUCUUACAAAGUUACAAGAGCCUGACUGUAUUUUUAUAUGGUGGACCUUGUUCAUACAAGGCAGGAUGUUGUCUUCAAGUUAGUACCUCAAGGUUUGUAACUUUGCAUACAUUUUGGAUAAAUGACUUCCUUUCUUACUGUCAACUCUCCAAUGAUUAGAGGGAAUGCAUUAUUAAGACAUAGUAGUAACCCUAACCCGCCAUGGAAGACCUAAAAUUGCUGUAAUAGAGUUUUGAUGUUAAAAAUAUUGUUUCAUUUAAGUACAAGUUAUUCACGAGAUUCCAAAAUAAUGAAUUCUGAGCACAAUUUCAAAACAAGGAGCGCUAAAACAAUUGAUGCCUUUUCCACAGCAACACCUCCGCUGUAUCCGUCUACAGUCUCAUAGUCAGUGUUUCCUGACCACAUGUUCAUUCUAUGAUGUCUAAUUAUGUGUCCAUGAUUAAGGACAGCCAAGAUUGCUCUCCUUAAACUUAAUCCAACUUCAUUCGUGCUACAGUACCUGAGUUUUUAUACUCCUGUAGCAUCUCGAUGAUUGUCAAGAUUGUAGCAGUUCCUUUUUUGUUCUGAGUUUUGGAGUUCAGAGGAUACGUCGGAGGAUUCUCUACAAGGGCUAUUAGAAAAGGACUCUUAUAAUCAGCACUAAUUUCUUCCCUAAUGUUACUAAAGAUAGUAAUGAUUUGCUCAUUCUCAAUAUCUGAAUUUUGUUUUGGAAUUUGUUAUUAGAUCAUUUUUGCUCCAAGUGAUGAGACGCACAGCACAAGUGGCUCCACUGUGUUGGCGCUCUGCAGACACUAGUUCCUUCACCACAAGUAAGCUAACAACCAGCAAACAAUCAGCUCAGCUCUUCCACUCAGCCCAGCGUAAAGGAUCCAGUGGGAUGAGCCACGCAGAGAUAUUUACACUCAUCUCUGAGUUUACUAAAAUGAACUUUACAAGUUUGCUGAGUCACUCAAUGUGUUCUUAGAGUGUGCAUACAGCACUCAGCCUGAGAUACCAGAUCAUUAUUAAAUGUGAGAUUAUUCAGGGGGUUAACUGAAUGGCUUUAGAAACCCACUGGUGAUACUGGGGUGCCUCCAAGUGCCCUUAACCAGUUAGCAUUAGUCAGCAUAAAAAAUAGCCUCUCCAGUUCAUUGAGAAAGGAUGUUUAUUACGACAUUGUUGAGUGUAUUAGUUCUUAUUUUAACAGCUACUACUUUGAAAAAAAAAAUAGUUAUUUGGUUUUUAUAAAUUACAGUUUUUAAAUGACCCAGAAAUGUUUUUAUAAAUAAAGUUAAAUAAGAUUUUAAAUGGUUACAAUUAAAUUAUAAAUUAUUAUUUAUUCCCUUAAUUAAGCGUCAUAUACCCUUUUGGUUUCCAGCCCAUACAAGCUUACAAGACGCUAUACACAGUGAUCAAAACAUAAAUUCAAUACAUGUGCAAUAUUACAGCCCCCGGUUUAAAUCUUAGACAAUCCAUACAGCAUAGGGAAUAUUUAAUAUAUUUUAAGGGAAGCCUCCUCUUAUUCCAUGCUCGAGCUAUAUUGAGGGAAAAAUACAUAAGAUAAUAUUGUUAAAAACAAGUCUUACAAGUCUUUGUUCAUCAUCAAUAGAUUGUAAAUGAGAGAAAACAUGUCUGGUUGAUUUUCACUGCAGAAUGGGUAAAUCAUACAUUUGAUCUCAUUUUAGUCCUUUAAAGCACAUAAAGUCCUCUUCAAGGACAAUAUUGAAGACUGCAAUUGGACACAUACUGACAAUUGUCCCUUGGUUGGAUUGAAGGUAGAAUAUGACUCAUGCUAAAUAUUUGUUUCGGAAGUCUAUCUUCGGGUGUCACUACCAGCACAUUUGCUUUAACAUGACGUUGAUCAUAAAUCAGUGAUGCGUUGAUCAUUUCGAUUCAUCCUCAUCAUAAAUAAAUGGCUAACUUGUAUUGUUUCUUUCAUAUUGCUUUGCCUUGUGAGGGCAAAUUCUGUUUUCAGACCAGCAUGUGAAACAUUUGCACAAUGUCAGAUUUUUGAUCACUUUGCUCUUCACAGCUGUGUACAGAUUUGCACACUUAAUACAAAAAGUGUAAUUUCUGCGACAGGUUGGAUUCAUUUUAAAGUCGACUCCCAAUCAGACAGUGAUGAGUCUUUUACGACGAUGUCGUGUAAAGCUGCGUCAUACAUUCAGCUAAAUCACCAGUUGUUUUGAUCAGUGUAUUGACUGGCAGAGAUUGUUGGUAAUUCUAUGAAAUGAUUCUACUAGUUCUAUAUAUUCUAAUGCUAUUGCUAGAUAAAUACUGCCCUUUUCUGCAGCUCUUUGUCUUUUUGGCUCAGUCAUUUCUCUAUGCAGAGUAGAAGUUAAUCACUGAGGGAGUUGUUUUAAACCUGAAUGAAAACAUGCAACAUCAGCAUGAGGAUGCAAUUUUGCAUUCAAUUCUGAACGUCUGUGCAUUAUAUUAUGUUCUUUAAUCAUACAACAACUAUUUGUAAGCAGACGACAGGGUUUUGAAAAAAAAGAUGUUGAACGCUUCACAUUUUGUAUUAAAUCCUAUGCCGUAUUUUGUGGAAUGUGUUGCAGUGCCUCGUGAUGGAUAUUAGACCCACAGAGAAAAUAGUUUGUUAAAUGAAUGACUUUUUUUGAUUAUAUGAAUGUGACUGCUUUGUGUGUGUUUCGCAAUUUGUUUAUUUAUUGAGUGACUGUAUUUGUUAUAGCUGCUGCUUUUUAUUUUGUGACCUUUCUGAAUCUGGCAUGGAAAAGGCAUGACAGCUGUUACGGCUAUGAACAAUAAAGGAAAUAUGAGAAAUAUAUGAA